UACAGUGAAGACGUGAGGCAGUAGAGAGUACUGUGUGUCGGCCUUAGGCAUCCACACGUGACUCUAUCUUAUCUAGGAUUUCUGCCUUGCCUGCCUGAAGAUUCUCUCUCUCUCUUCUGUAAAGCACGGAAUGCCCCUGCGUCUGACGUCUGCACCAGUCUCGGGCCUCAAGAACCGCAAAUCCAGUGCCCCCCGGCCCCGAGGCUCGCCGUUUGCAGGCCAUGCUCGCCGCAAACCCAACACGCAGCCCGGCGGGGUGAAGAAGGCUGCUGCUUCUCACGCUGCCGACGACGACGAGCAGCCUCUCCCCGACACGGGCGUAUCGCAGUAUAUCCCCGAGACAGCCUCCGUGGAGGAUGUGGUACAGGCGAUCGAGUCUAUACGGGAUACCAUGUUCGAGGAGGUACCGCAGCGCGCAGGGAUGAACAGCACGCGGAUCGCGCAGGUGCUGACGUUGCGGCGCUCGCUGCCUCCCCUGGCAUCCGUGGCGCACGUACACACCCUGCUGAAUGGGCCGACCCGCGUCGAAAAGGAGAUUUUCGAACUGGUGACGAGUGGUCGGGUGAAACGGCUGGUUGUGCCCGGGCGAGGAACCGACGCGGCGGGGUUGGGAGACUGUCUGGUGCUGGCAGAGGAUCUGGAGCAGUUGGUCCGCCAGAGUGAUCUGAACGAGCAUUUGCAGGUAGAUAAAUUCCUCCAGACGAUAUCAAAAGAUACUUCCAUCCCGACAGGCGCGUUCGCACCGGACGAGUACCUGGCGCUGGUACGUGCUGGUUUUCUCGUGUCAGGCAGAGGCGCACCCCCGACCAGCGUUUCUCUGUCUCUCCCCAACACGGGGCCUUACCUGCGUCUGCUGAGCGCGGGGCGCAACCACCUGGUGGCCCUGCUGCGCAAGUCGAGCUACAACGAGGCACCGCUGGAACUGCUGCGGGACCGAUGGGACGGGGCGGUGGAAUCGGAGCGCAGCUUCAGCGUGGCCAAGCGGGCGCGCGGGGAGUUUGCAGGGAUUCUCCCUGGCAAGACGAAAAAGUGGCGGGAGUUGUAUGGGAUCAGCUUUCGGUGGGCGGUAGAGGAGGCCCUUGGGGCGGGCGUGAUUGAGAUCUUCGAUACAGGGAGUGUAGGAGUGGGAGUGCGGUUGUUGUAA